AUGUUCUCUGUUCACCAUCUGGGGCGGGGGCUGGGAGGAGGAGAUGGCCAUCUGGGACUGUCUGGGGGCAGUCUGCUCAUCUCCACCCAAGAAAUUAACCAGGACACAUCAGAUCAAUCUGAGCACAAAAAUCACCUGGACUCCGUGUUUAUGCUCCUUGAGAAAAAAAUUGUCACAUUUAUGAAAAAUGAGCUAAAGGAGUUCAGGAGAUUUCUGAGUCAGAGCCUGGAUGAUGAUGAGACAGUGAUGUAUGAGGAUAAAGAGAAGAGAAGCAGCAGGGAGGCAUUUCUGAAGAUCACACUUCACUUUCUGGGGAGAAUGAAUGAGGAGGAGCUGGCUCACCGUCUUCAAAGCAGAACUCAUGCUGAAGUUGGCAAACGUAAACUAAAAUCCAAGUUGAAAAAGAAGUUCCAACAGAUUGAAACAGCAAAUAGGAAACCACACAGACCAGAAACAACAAUCAGACAAGAAGACAUCUUUAAAGCCUCACCUGGAAGAGAUGAAUCAAUCAGAACAGUGCUGACAAAGGGAGUGGCUGGCAUUGGGAAAACAGUCUUAACACAGAAAUACACCCUGGACUGGGCUGAAGACAAAGCCAACCAGGACAUCCAGUUCAUAUUUCCAUUCACUUUCAGAGAGCUGAAUGUGCUGAAAGAGGAGAAGUUCAGCUUGGUGGGACUUGUUCAUCACUUCUUUACUGAAACCAAAGAAGCAGGAAUCUGCAGCUUUGAAGACUUCCAGGUUGUGUUCAUCUUUGAUGGUCUGGAUGAGUGUCGACUUCCUCUGGACUUCCACAAAACUACAAUCCUAACUGACCCUAGAAAGUCCACCUCAGUGGAUGUGCUGCUGAUAAACCUCAUCAGGGGGAAACUGCUUCCCUCUGCUCGCCUCUGGAUAACCACACGACCUGCAGCAGCCAAUCAGAUCCCUUCUAACUGUGUUGACAUGGUGACAGAGGUCAGAGGGUUCACUGACCAACAGAAGGAGGAGUACUUCAGGAAGAGAUUCACAGAUAAGAAACAGGCCAGCAGGAUCAUCUCCCACAUCAAGACAUCACGAAGCCUCCACAUCAUGUGCCACAUCCCAGUCUUCUGCUGGAUCACUGCUACAGUUCUGGAGGAUGUGCUGAAAACCAGAGAGGGAGGACAGCUGCCCAAGACCCUGACUGAGAUGUACACCCACUUCCUGGUGGUUCAAACAAAAACGGCAAUUGUCAAAUAUGAUGGAAAACGUGAAACACAUCCAAUCUGGAUUAAGAAGAGCAGGACGAUGAUUGAGUCUCUGGGAAAACUGGCUUUUGAUCAGCUGCAGAAAGGAAACCUGAUCUUCUAUGAAUCAGACCUGACAGAGUGUGGCAUCGAUAUCAGAGCAGCCUCAGUGUACUCAGGAGUGUUCACACAGAUCUUUAAAGAAGAGAGAGGACUGUACCAGGACAAGGUGUUCUGCUUCAUCCAUCUGAGUGUUCAGGAGUUUCUGGCUGCUCUUCAUGUCCAUCUGACCUUCAUCAACUCUGGACUCAAUCUGCUGGAAGAUCAACAAGCAAAUUUCAACAAUAUCGCUGUAUUUAAAGACAUACCUAAGCUGAAACAUCUUUACCAGAGUGCUGUGGAUAAGGCCUUAGAGAGUCCAAAUGGACACCUGGACUUGUUUCUCCGCUUCCUCCUGGGUUUUUCAGUGGAGACCAAUCAGACUCUCCUACAAGGCCUUCUGACACAGACAGGAAGUAACCCAUCAACCAGACAUAAAACUGUUGAAUUUAUCACCAAGAAGAUCGGAGGAACUCUGUCUGCAGAGAAAAGCAUCAAUCUGUUCCACUGUCUGAUUGAACUGAAUGAUCGUUCUUUAAUGAAGGGCAUCCAAAACUCUCUGGUUUUAGGACGUCUGUCCACAGAUAAACUGUCUCCUGCUCAGUGGUCAGCUCUGGUCUUCAUCUUACUGUCAUCAGAAAAAGAUCUGGAUGUGUUUGACCUGAAGAAAUACUCUGCAUCAGAGGAGGCUCUUCUGAGGCUGCUGCCAGUGGUGAAAGCCACAAACAAAGCUCUGCUGUGUGACUGUAAUUUGACAGAGAACAGUUGUGAAGCUCUGUCCUCAGUUCUCAGCUCUCAGUCAUCUAGGCUGAGAGAACUGGACCUGAGUAACAACAACCUAAAGGAUUCUGGGGUGAUGCUGUUGGCUGCUGGAGUAAAGAGUCCACACUGCAGGGUGGAAUCUCUCAGGCUAUCAGGUUGUCUAAUCACAGAGGAAGGUUGUGCUUCUCUAGCUUCAGCACUGAGCUCAAACCCCUCCUAUUUGAGAGAGCUGGAUCUGCGUAAUAAUAGCCUGCAGGACUCAGGAGUGAAUUUGCUGCUUGCAGGAUUGAAGGAUCCAUAUUGGAGGCUUGAUAUUCUCAGAGUGGACAGUGGUGGAGAGUGGAAGUGGAUUUACACGUCGCCCUUGUUGAUGGCCUCAUCUGCUUGCAGCUUUGACUUUAUGCGCAUCAGCUGGUCCAAAUGGUCCACCUCAAGACGAUUCUGGAUGCUGUUUUGA